GUUGCAGUACGCAGUUUUAUAAUUGAACUCUUAGUGUCGCUGUUGACCAAUGCCUCCACUGAUCAUCUACCCUCCACCCUGUUCAUGAUGUCAUAUUCAGGACUGAUAUCUCAGCUCGUUGUUAAAAACGUCGACAGUUAGCUUUGCCUUCCUCUGAUAUCCUCUUAUAUCGACCACGAACCAAGUCUUUUACGUAUUACUUUUCAUCUCAUUUUCUUUUUCGUAUUAAAAGAUGACAAGCUUACGAGCUCCUGCUGAGAUGUCUGGUCUUUUGUUCUUCGUGCUGAUGGCGCACACCGCUUAUGGAGACGUGAGCUAUUCUUUUCCGGAGGAGAUGAAACGAGGAUCUGUGAUUGGAAAUAUAGCAAAGGAUCUCGGGCUCGAUGUGAACACACUUACGUCUCGUAGGGCUCGAAUUGAUGCUGAAGGUAACAAAAAACGAUAUUGCGAUAUUAAUUUGAGAACGGAAUUAGUGGUGGCUGAUCGGAUAGACAGAGAGGUGAUUUGUAAGGAGAGGCUUUCCUGUGCGCUUAAUUUCGAAUUUGUUUUAGAAAGCCCUUUGGAAUUGCAUCGUGUUGUUUUACAAAUUCAAGACAUUAAUGACAAUACUCCAAUAUUUCCGAAAGAUGUCGUAAAGCUGGAAAUAAGUGAAAACGCAGGUAAAGGUGCUCGUUUUCGUGUCAUUGAGGCUCGAGAUGCUGAUGUCGGUCACAAUUCAGUACAAAAUUAUAUACUGGAGAAUAAUUUACGCUUUGUUUUAGCCGUGAAUUCAAAGGCAGAUGGUAGCAAGUACGUCGAGUUAGUGCUUGAUAAAGAGCUAGAUCGUGAGCAGCAGAAAGAGAUCUCAUUAAUAGUGACCGCGGUAGACGGCGGGACUCCACCGAGAUCAGGUACUGUAGUCAUACACGUCACUGUGCUGGAUGCUAAUGAUAAUGCUCCAGUCUUUAGUCAGGACGUCUAUAAAGUCAGUCUGCCUGAAAAUUCUCCUCUAGAUACUGUAGUGGUGACAGUGAGCGCUACUGAUGCUGACGAGGGACAAAACGGAGAAGUCACUUAUGAGUUUGGCCAUUUAUCAGAAUCUGCAAAAGAAACAUUUUCAUUAGAUCCUCGAACUGGACAAAUUGUUCUGAAGGGGCCAAUAGAUUUUGAAGAGGAAUCAGGAUAUGAAAUUAUUGUUAAUGCUAAAGACGGAUAUGGUCUUUCCUCAGACACGAAAAUUGUAAUAGAAAUUACAGAUACAAAUGACAAUGCCCCUUUUAUUAUAAUUAAAUCUCUAAAUAGUCCUGUUCCCGAGAACGCGUUCCCCGGUACAGAGGUCGGCAUCAUUAAUGUUCAGGACAGAGACUCGGAGAAUAACGGACAGGUGCGCUGCUCCAUUCAGCAAAACGUUCCGUUUAAACUCGUUCCUUCGAUCAAGAAUUACUAUUCUCUGGUGACCACAGGUGAAUUAGACCGAGAGCUGCUCUCUGAUUAUAAUAUUACAAUUACUGCUACUGAUGAGGGCUCUCCGCCUUUAUCUUCCUCUAAGAAUAUUCACCUGACUGUAGCUGACGUGAAUGAUAAUCCACCUGUAUUUCAGGAGCAGAGUUACAGAGCUCACGUACAAGAAAAUAAUAAAGCGGGCUCCUCUAUUUGUUCAGUAUCAGCUAGACCGGACUGGAGACAGAAUGGCACUGUAGUUUAUUCUCUCUUGUCUUCUGAUGUUAACGGCGCGCCGGUGUCCUCCUUUCUGUCCGUUAACGGAGACACCGGGGUCGUUCACGCCGUGAGGUCGUUUGAUUACGAACAGAUGAAAAGUUUGAAAGUGCUGGUGUUAGCCAGAGACAACGGCUCUCCUCCUCUGAGCAGUAACGUGACCGUGAGCGUCUUCAUAACGGAUGAGAACGACAACUCUCCUCAGAUAUUAUACCCUCCGGAAGGAAACUCCUUCAUGACCGAGAUGGUGCCCAAAGCUGCUCAGGCGCGCUCCCUGGUCUCCAAGGUGAUCGCCGUGGACGCGGAUUCCGGUCAGAACGCGUGGCUCUCGUAUCACAUUAUUAAAGCCACAGAUCCGGGACUUUUCACUAUCGGUGUCCACAGCGGAGAGAUCAGGACGCAGCGGGACAUUUCUGAAUCUGACAGCAUGAAACAGAACCUGAUUGUGUCCGUGAGAGAUAACGGACAGCCUCUCUCUCAGCCACGUGCUCGUUGUAUUUACUGAUAUCAGAUAACUUGGCUGAAGUCCCGGAACUGAAAGACAUGUCUCGAGACGAGAGCGGCUCCAAACUGACGUUUUAUUUGAUCGUCGCGCUGGUGUCCGUUUCCACUUUCUUCCUGACCUUCAUCAUCAUCAU